AUGCAUCAUCCGCACUAUUUCUUACCUGGCGUAGGUGUGGUGUUCUAAAUAUAGGUGCGUGUAUCACUGCGAGCGGAAGUGGGUUACCUGUAUAGAAGGUGCAUUUUGGAUUAAUCGAAAAUAAAGAUAACAAUGACGGACCCAGCAUUUAAAAUUGUCAACCCAAAACAACCCCAGUUCCUGAUAUGGCGAAUAGAGAAACUCACAGUUCAGAUGGUUCCAAAACAACAGUAUGGGAACUUCUACAAGGGUGAUUCCUAUAUUGUCCUUUCUAUAGCAAGUCCAGGUCAGCGUCGAGGCGCCAGUGUACAGAUCAAGGACUCUAAGGGCGCCCUGGACUCCCACAUCCAUUUCUGGCUGGGCAAGGAGACCACACAGGACGAGGCGGGCGUGGCGGCGUUCAAGUCUGUGGAGCUGGACGACCUGUUGGGGGGCUACCCUGUACAGCACCGAGAGGUCCAGGGCAGCGAGUCCACACUUUUCCUGUCUUACUUCAAGAAGGGGCUCAAGUACAUAGAUGGAGGUGUGAACUCCGGGUUCAACCAUGUCGACAACACGUUCAAGAAGCGCCUCAUGCAGGUCAAGGGAAAGCACCACGUCAGAGUCCAAGAGGUGGAUAUGUCCUGGUCUUCUAUGAAUAGCGGUGAUGUCUUCAUUCUUGACCUUGGUCAGAUGGUGUACGUCUGGAAUGGCAAAGACAGCUCUCGUACGGAGAGAAUGAAGGGUUUGGAGCAGGCACGUGUGUACAGAGACGAAAGGUCAAAGGUCAACAUCGUCUGUGUUGAGGAGGGAGAGGAGAAAAACAUGGCUGAAAAUGAGGUCAAGAUGUGGGAUGCACACCUACCCCUGAGUGAGAAGUCUGUGGCGCCGGCCAGUGCAGGGGGUGCUGAUGAAGUUGCAGAGCGUCAGAGCACGUCGAGCAUCAAACUGUACCGCUGUACUGAGGAGCAGGGGACCCUCAAGGUGUCCGAGGUCAAGUCUGGGCCCCUUGUCAAGGCUGACCUGGACUCCAGUGACUCUUACAUCAUUGACAAUGGAGCUGCUGGUAUCUGGGCCUGGAUUGGAAAGAACUCCACCAAGAAGGAGAAGAGUGAGGCCAUGAGGAAUGCCCUGGGUUUCAUCAAGAAGAAGGGCCUGCCCAACAGUACCAGCGUGACGCGGGUGAUUGAGGGAGGAGAGCCGGGCGACUUCAAGAACCUUUUCAAGUCCUGGCCCAUACCUGUGGCCACUGGCAAGGCCUACAACAACAACAAGAUCGCCAAGACGGUGCAGACCAAGUUUGAUGCGAGCACACUGCACAGUAACCGAGCCCUGGCGGCGCAGACUCAGAUGGUGGAUGAUGGGUCAGGAAAGACUGAGAUCUGGAGAGUUGAAGGAUUUGACCUAAAGCCGAUCCGCAGUCAGGACAUUGGUCUAUUCUAUGGAGGAGACUGCUAUGUGAUCUUGUACACGUAUGAGGUGAACGGCAAGGAGAACUACAUCAUCUACUACUGGCAGGGUCUGAAGUCCACCACAGACGAGAAGGGGACUUCCGCUCUGAAGGCAGUCGAGCUGGACGACAAACAUGGCGGCGCUGCUGUCCAGGUGAGGGUGGUACAAGGCAAGGAGCCACAGCACUUUAUGUCCAUGUUUGACGGCAAGAUGAUCAUCUUCUCAGGUGGCCAUGCAGGCUGGUCCGGUGGACCCAGUAACAACGGCCCAGGUGACAGCUACAUGCUGCAGGUGCGCGGCACGUCCAUCCUCAACACCAAGGCAAUACAGGUGCCCAUGGAGGCGGCCUCACUCAACUCCAACGACGUGUUUGUCAUCUUCCUCAAAACUGCUGUCUACAUCUGGUGUGGAAAGGGUAGCACAGGUGAUGAGAGAGAAGCAGCUAAACUGGUUGCCAAGCGAUCUCCUAGAGAGCUGACAAUUGUCAUAGAGGGACAAGAGAAGCCCUCGUUCUGGGAGGCCAUAGGAGGUCACGGCGAGUACCACAGUGACAAGCGUCUCAAGGAUCCGGAGUCAGAACACCAGCCGCGCCUCUUCCAGUGCAGCAACGCCUCUGGGCGGUUUGUGUGCGAGGAGAUCCCGGAGUUCACCCAGCAGGAUUGUGUGACGGAUGAUGUGAUGAUCCUUGAUGCUUGGGACGCCGUGUACGUGUGGAUAGGGGCCAACGCUAGGGAGGAGGAGCGUAGGGAGGCUGAGAGACUGGCCAUGGAGUACAUAGCGACAGACCCUGCCAACAGAGACCCAGAUACGUCCGUGUUCAGAAUCAAGCAGGGCUUUGAACCGCCAACAUUCACCGGACACUUUGGUGUCUGGGAUGAGGACUUCUUUAAGAAUGAGAAAAGCUAUCAAGACUUUGGCAAGGAGCUGGCUUCUGGCAAUGAUGCAGUGGUGCUCGUACAACAGCUUGCAGCUAUGAAACUACUGACGUCUUCAAGAAGUGAAAUGAACGGGGUCUCCAGCUUUGAGGACAUGGUGAAGUACCCUCUGUCCCAGUUACAGUUGUUGGAGCCAGAGGAGCUCCCUGCAGGGGUGGACCCCAAGUGCAAAGAGAUGUACCUCAGCCCAGAGGAGUUCAAGGCCACGUUCAGUAUGACCUACUCAGAGUUCUUAACCAAGCCUGUGUGGAAGCAACAAGCCUUGAAGAAGGCAGCCAAACUCUUCUGAGCAACCAUAGCAACCAGUCUCUCCCUAGCAACCAAUUGUUGUUAUUUAUGAGCUUUUUUAUAGCAAACAUGUAUGUGUGCAUUUUUAUACGGGAUAUAUAUGUGAAUAUGUUAAGUUUGGUUAUUUGAUUAUUUGAUAAGAUUAUGUAUACAUGAUAUCAAGUUUGUCUCAUUGAUUUAUGUUUUCUAACAGUAACUAUGUUUUAAUGUUAUAGUAUAUAUAUUUUAAGACUUACUAAGAAUUGUCUUUGUAUUGAAAAUAUAAUAUUACAUUACAUUCCCCUGUUAUGAUCAGAGAAAUUCACUGAAACUCAUUGACGUUUUAAAGGCUAAAAAAUAUAUUACACCUAAAUAAAACAAUUUGGACAAAAUGUUUUGUGAAAAGUGCUUUCAAUAUUGUUAAAAUUCUGUUUGAAUUCUAUUUCAAGUAAUGGAAUCAUAGUUUACAUUGUUGGAUUACGCUGCCAAUUUACACAAUGUUAAUAUGUUUAUAAGACUCUUUCUGUCCUAUAAUGUUGAGUUAUUUGGCAAUUUCUGACAUCUUUGUCAAACAAUCAGAGUCUUAAAUCUGCUCUCAGUGAAAAUUGUUGUAUGUAGCAUGUCCACCUUGUUCUUGAAUCCUUGCCCAGGAAUCUAAGCAAAUAAGCUCAAUUUUAUAGAAGUUUUUACUUUCAUAGACAUAGGAAAAAUUGGAGAAAAUUUUAUCCCUUUAUUUGAAAAAGCAAAAGAAUCACAUAAAUUUUUGGUUAUAAGCACAGCAUAUGACUUGCAAUUAUCUGAUCUACCUAAUUAUUGUUUUGUUCAGUUAUCUUUUCUAACCUGCAUUUAAAAAUAAGGUGGUUUUAUUGUUUGUUGUCAGUCUUCCAUUGUCCACUUCACUUGCAAGUUUUCUAAAUUGCUAUAAAUGCACUGCUUUCAAACAAAUUUUAUUAUAACAUUUUCUGCAUUGAAACAGUAUUAUUGGAAAAUUUUAUCAUUCACAUUUGUAAGUUCCUAAUAUUUGUUGAAUUUUGAUGUAAAUAUCAAACAGGUUCUUGUACCCAAGAAAGCAUAAAUUAUUGUUUGAAGCAAACAAUAAUGGUGUGGUUACAUAAUGUUAUGUAUCAAAGAUUGCUGUAUCAAAUUAUGAUUGACAAAUAAUCAUGUUAAUAAUUAUGGUUCCGUUGCAAAUAGUAUUGGACAUUAAUUAUUUAUUCAUGUGGGUUGUGUAUUCAUGUAAAUAAAUACAGGAGGCUAAUUUAAGAUUGCAGUUUUUGCAACCAUUUGAAAUGAAAUAUUGCAAUUGCCAUUCAAAUGCUAUUUGUUUGAAGCAUUUAACAUAUUUUGUGUUAAUGAACAAAUCGUAUUGUUAUAUUUAAAAUGAUGUGUAAUAUGCUGGACAAAAUAUAGAUUUUAUGGAAAAGCAGUAAAUGCAAACAAACUGAAAGUACAAGAUAGACAUGUGUUGAUGAAAUUUACUAAGAGGGAAUCGGGAAAUAUUAACUUUUAAACAUUUAACCUAAACAGGUAUAAAUAAUUUAUUAAAAUGUAUAGGGUUUUGGUUAUAUAGUUUUAUAUGUGAGAAUUCUUACUUCCCAGUCAAUGUGCUAUAGCUUUUGUAUGUUUAUUGUACAUAGCAAAUCAGUAUGCAUGAAAGUAUAAACUAGAGUACGUAAAGGGUGGAAUAUUAAAUUAAUAUACAUUCCAGAACAGGCUAUUUAUGUUCAAAUGUAUAAGUGUGAACUGUACAAUACCCAUUCUGAAACACGAUUAAUUGUUGAUGAAAUGAUCAUCAGUUAACAUUCCAAAAAGUAAAAAUAAUGAUAUUUUCCAUUGUCAAAUCAAUUUGUCUGUACAUGUAAUUGUAUUUUAUCUGCAUCCUGCGCAAAUGGCAUUCCUGGAAAAUGGCUGAUUUGCAGACUGGUCUGGAGUUAUGCUGGCGGUAAAUGGCAUAAGACCCAUUUUUAGCAUAGGUGCGUUUACGCACCUAUGCUUAUGGUAUAUACCACAUUUCAAAAAUCCACAUCGAAUGGUUACCCAUUAUGAAGCCUUACCUGAUCAAAAAUCAGACGAAAUAUCUAUUUAAUUUAGUAUAUGGUCAUUCUUACAAAAAAAAUUUGGAAACGUUUUUCUAACGUUUUCUUCCAAGAAUAUUGCUGACACCGUUUUUAGUGAAUUUUUCUAAGACCGUUUUAUGUCAAAAAAUCUUCUUAUAACCUAAAACAAAUUUCGUUCGUAAAACAAUUCUAUCUGCACUAUAAAUCUCAAUCUCCUACGCAGUGGCCUCCCUUAUACUAGAAGUUACUGACCGGGCGAAGCAAGGGAAGUAACUGCUUUGAGGAGUUUCUUUAAAAAUCUGCAUUCAGAAAUCUGUAUUCAGAACUCAAUCUGUUGUGCACGUCUGCAUCUAACGCUUACCACAAGUUUUACGACAAAUUCUUGACGCAGACGUAUAGGGUAGCGUCUAUUUUCAUUUGUGAAAAGAUACAGAUCUGUCCGUGCUUAAAUUUUGAAAGGCUUGGGUAAUUAUUUUUCAUAAGCGUUUCAAACACUGAUGUAAAUGGAAAGAUUAUCUAUUUAAAUAGUCGGUAAUUGUUUGAAAUUAUUGAUUUGAGAAAUUCGCGGAUGGCGAUAUCGAACUACAUUAUACCACGUGACGCCAUUCUUCCCUGUAUCUUGCACCUAUGCUUUUAACGCCAUCGGCGCUCUCGUUACAUUAUGUGGGUCAUUUGUGUAAGAAAGUUUGUUGCACAUCAAAUACCUAAAUAAGACAAUUAACUGUUGGCAUGGAUACGUUUGAAAAUACUUAACUAUAAAGGGUAUAUAUGAGUUAUAUACUUAAAGCUUAAAAUGUGUUAUUAAUGGCAAAAUUGUUUAUAAUUAUAGAGUAAUUUAUAGUAUGUCGUAUUUGCGAUUGUGUAUCAACCAUUAUUAUAUCCAAUGUUGUGCAUUUAUAAGAAUUGUAAAUUCUGUAAAAGUUACAUUCUCAAAAACAUCAAGUCAUUAAACAAUAUGAACAAUAUUACAUGAUGUUACUCUGUUAAGUUGACUUGCUCAAUGUUAUUUGAAUGUUCAGAGUUUAAAUUAUACACACACUAUCUGUACAUAAACAUGUAUCACUUAAUUACGUAUCACGCAAUAAAGCACCCAUCUGUGUACAUGCAUUCUAAAUAGAGCAUUCUGUCUAUGUAAAUUAAUGUUGAUCAAGAUUUUAUGAAGCUUCUUCUUUAAUCAUUUGUAUUAUUAUUAUAAUUAUUAUUAUAUCAUUUACUGUUUUAGGGGAAAAAACAACAACAGAUUAUAAAAAAUAAUUAGUGCAACAUGUAAAUAAGUUUUAGGAUUGUUGUUAAUGUCAUUUUGUCUUUAAUAUAAAAUAAAUACUGAAGGAUGAAGACCAACUAUGAAACACACAUGAAGUCAGUUGGUUAUUUGGGUAAAAUUAAGUGCAAUAUAAAAUAAGAUAUGUUUCAGGUACUGUUUGUGCAAGUAUUUUGUUACCUACUAUCACACUUCUUAUCCUGAUAGAUCGAGCACCAAGAUAGUUAGAAAGUAAAAUCACAAUUGUCAAGUAUUAUAAAAUCUUAGUUACUCAGUUACAUUCAUAUUGUAUAUAAGCGAAACCAUUGAAAUGAAAUUAAAGUAAAAUAUCUUGUUAUUCAAGGUUAUGUUGUACUGUUUGUAAGUAAUCAAGAAUGCAUGCUACUGUAGUAAUUGAUAUGAGUCGUGUUCUGAGAAAACUGGGCAUAAUGCAUGUGCGUAAAGUGUCAUCCCAGAUUAGCCUGUGCAGUCCGCACAGGCUAAUCUGGGACAACACUUUACGCAAUUGCAUUUUGCCCAGUUUUCUCAGAACGCGACACAUAUCAUUUUUAUGAUUUAAAUGGCAAAAAAGCAUACAUUGAUGUCAUUUUUGUCAGUGGUCAUUUAACGCUUUACCCCUUAGAAACGUAUUUUUACGGAUUUGUAGUCCCAUAGAAAGUUACAUUUAAUUAAAGACCUCUUACUACAUUUAAGUUUUAAAGACAUCAAUUCCAACCCUAAGAUACUGAUGAGAAGCAAACAGAAUAAAACCUGAACAGACUGCUAGUUACUCACAGGCUGUUCUGGAUUUUCACUUUGCUUCUUACGGGGGAAAGGGUUAAACAAGUAACUUGUUUCUAAGUAGUUUUUAUUUUAUAAUAAUCAUUCUCCAAAUUUAAUGUGUACUAAAAAAGUAAUUUUUAGCCAUGUGUUUCAAUAAAAUUCAGAAAAAGUUAUGUUGUACAAUCAUAACACAAGCACACAUUGUUAAAAUAUAGUUGUACUAAUUUAUUUAUGUAUUUGGUUUAUGUAACUUCUUAAAUUACAUUUAAGGUGAAAUAUUUAAUCAUUAUACUUUAAAAUCAAACACACACAAAAAACUAUUUAUAACAAUAUUUACAUGAAGAACAUUAUUGUUGAUGUAAAAGGCUUAAAAAACGCAUUCUUAAAGGUACUGGUUUACAAAUUAUAUGUUUUGUUCGUACUUCACUGAUUCUCCAAAUUAUUGAGGUGUUAUAAAUGCUUCAUUUUUGUUCUGAUUUCAAUGAUUAUUAUCCAUUAAUGAUUCUAUUAUUUCUGACUUCCAAACUAUGAACAAAUCUCUUUAACAAAUGUUAUUCCUUUCAGUAUAAUUAACUUCAAUUAAUACACCUGUGUGUGUUAACUAAUUCCAUGCUAUAUAUAGUAUUGUUAUGUUAGUUAUAUUAUGGUGACUGUUCCUGUAGUUAUGUUACUAAUAGAUCUGACUAGAAUAGUACCCACAUAACUAGCUGUCUUAUUGUAAUCUUUAUCGGCAAUAAAUUAAUACGUAUGUAA